AUGGAUCUUUUAUCCACUAACGUUCCACCUGCAGCCGAUUGCACAAAUCGACGUCAGUCCCAACUUUCCCAAAUCGCGAAAGCGGCGGUUUUUAACAAUCGUGCCGCAAUGAAUCCACCUCCUAAACCUUUUUCUCAACCCCUCACUGCAAUUCCUGGCAACCUUAUACUCGAACGCGAUUUUGCUGUUUGCAAUCCACGAUUCGAUAAUCACCUUACACUUCCACCACCUGUCAUACCUGCAGUUACAAUUCGAAAUUUCCAGAGAGUCGGAAUGUCUAGCGAUGGAGUCAUCGAGGGAGUUGGUCAUCCUCUCUCUGACACUCCCCUCCCAAGUGGACCUUCAACUGCCCAAAGCAGUCCAAAAAUCCUUCCCCUUAGACAAAAUUCUGGCACCACCACUCCCCGAGUUCGAGCUCCUGCGACGACCCUCAAUAUCCCUGGUAUGACCAGAUCUCGCGUUUCUCCUGAUGGCAAAAUCGCACAACGGGAUGUCGCUUCGAAAUUGGUGGUUAUCAUGGUAGGAUUGCCAGCUCGUGGAAAAUCAUACAUUACAAAGAAGAUACAACGAUAUUUGUCAUGGCAGCAACACGAGACUAAGAUCUUCAAUGUCGGCAAUCGACGUCGCGUUGCAGCUGGAAAACCACAAGAGGGAAGUGGCACGCCACCGAGUGCGCAGGCCUCAGCCUACCGCCCAUCUCUUCUCAGGGAGUCAAGUCGCGCAGGCUCAAUUCAUGGCAUCAUAGAUGCCCCUACACAGGCUGCUCAUAUGCUCCUCAACGGCGUGGAUCCCACUCAACAAGAUCAAGAAACCAAAGAUCUUGAACUGACGAAAAUUUCUUCACUCGGCGAAUUUCCAGACAAAGAAACCAUGGAUCAGUCAGCCAAUUUCUUCGAUCCAUUGAAUUCCAAGGCGGCUUUGAUCAGAGAGCAGGUAGCGAUGGCUACCUUGGACGAACUCUUGGAUUUUCUCUUGCUGGAAAGCGGUGCCGUCGGUAUCCUGGAUGCUACGAACAGCACCAUUCAACGCCGCAGCCUCCUCUUUGAGCACGUCAAGGAGAGAGAGCCAAAACUCGGUAUCCUCUUCAUAGAGAGUGUCUGCGAGGAUGAGAGUCUGCUCGAGGCAAAUAUGCGAUUGAAGCUCCGAGGUCCUGACUAUAAAGACAAAAACCCAGAAUCCUCUUUGAGAGACUUCAAGAAACGUGUCGCUGCUUAUGAAAGUGCAUACGUUCCCUUAGGAAAGUAUGAAGAAGACAAUCACAUGCAGUACAUCAAAAUGAUAGACGUCGGACGAAAGGUUGUUCAUUAUCAACUCAAGGGGUUUUUGACAGGAGGCAUAGCAUCAUAUUUGUCAACGUUCAACCUUUCCCCAAGACAAAUAUGGAUCACACGACAUGGAAAAUCCUAUGACAAUGCAAUUGGCAAGCUUGGUGGUGAUUCUGAGCUUACCGAGGAUGGACAAAAAUACGCUCAAGUCAUGCAUAGCUUCAUUACCGACAGCCGAAGACGAUGGCUUCUCGAGCAACAACAAUCGGCCAUCGACAGUGCAAAGUAUCCUCAAGGAGGCGAGGCGAUCAGAACACCACCAUAUCCAGACAUCAUGGGAGAGUUAGAUGAAAAGAACUUCUGUGUCUGGACUUCAAUGCUCAAACGAAGCAUCGAAACGGCCGAGUACUUUCAGGAGGAUGAAGAUUAUGAUGUUAAAAAUUGGGAAAUGUUGAAUGAAUUGAAUGCGGGUUCUUUCGAGGGAUUGACUUACAAGGAAAUCGAAUCACGCUUUCCAGAUGAGUACGAAAAGCGAGCCAGGGACAAAUUACACUACAUAUAUCCCGGAGUUGGAGGUGAGGGUUAUUUGCAAGUCAUCAGUCGACUGAGAGAUAUGGUUCGAGAGCUUGAACGUAUCACCGAUCAUGUCCUCAUCAUUGGACACCGAUCUGUUGCUCGAGUCUUGAUGGCAUAUUUCAUGGAUCUUACAAGAGAUGAUAUUGCCGACUUGGAUGUACCUUUGGGAAUGCUCUACGCCAUUGAACCAAAACCUUACGGUAUCGAAUUUCACGCAUACAAAUAUAAUGAACAACAAGAGUGGUUUGAUGAGUUACCAGGCUACAAGCCAAGAAAGGAAACGGAGAAGGGCAAUUGA